GAAGACGGGUGGUGGUUUUGCUAGCCUGGUCCUUGGUUUAAGCUGACUCCCUGUGGAUUCAAGCUGACAACCAGACACGGCUAAGGAAAUCUCAAGGGGUCAGUAUCUACACUUAUCACAAUGUCGAUGUGGAUCAGAAGGGGAAAUUACAAUCACGAAUACCACCACAAAAAAAGCCAAUAUGUUGUUAAGGAGUACAGCAGCUCUGAGGUGAUGGAGGACAGAUAUGAGCACAAAACAAAAACUCGUAUCCAGGAAGUGGUAAAAACAAAGAUGGCGGACAAAUAUGUCCAUGAGGAGCCGAUGAUCAGGGGACCAAGUUUCGUGGUCCGACUCAGAUCACACACUGUGUUUGAAAACACUCCAGUCAAACUAUUCUGCACUGUUGAGGGCUUUCCUCUGCCGGUUGUAAAAUGGUAUAAAGAUGGUGUGAUCCUAAACAUGUCCUCCGGAAGAUACUUGGUUGAAUCCAUAGCAGGAAUCCAUUCAUUGGAGAUCCCCAGGUGUUCAAUUGAUGAUACAGCUCAGUACACUGUUGUGGCAGGAAACUUACAUGGGCAGGUCUCCAGUCAGGCUUCCAUUAUUGUUAAGAGGUACAGACAGGAGGAUGAGUCUUGUCCUUAUGCAUGGUUACCUUUCACAGCUGCCAUGCUUCCUGAAAUCCAUUACACAAAAAUCCACAUCAGUUUUGUGGAGACAUUUGGCCCAGUGUUUGCUACUGAGGGAGACUCUGCCACACUGAGGGCUACCAUGACCAUUCAUCCCAACUUGGCCAACCUGCAGCCUGAGGCACAGUGGUACAGAGAUGACAUUCGGCUGUUUGAUUCAAAAUGGGUGAAGAUUGAGACUGGCAGAGGAGUCACCACCUUGACACUUCCUCAACUCUAUAAAGAUGAUGAGGGCCUGUACACAUUACGCAUGGUGACAAGAGGAGGCACUGCAGAACACAGUGCAUUUGUCUCUGUUGCAGAUGGUCCUCCACCAGUCCCUUCUGCCCCUGGUGCUCCAAUGGACAUCAAUAUCCAUGAUGCCAACAGAGAUUAUGUAAUUGUGUCAUGGAAACCACCUAAUACCACCACUGAGGGUCCAAUCCUGGGAUACUUUGUGGACAAAUGUGAGGUUGGCACAGAAAACUGGAGCCAAUGCAAUGACCACCCAAUAAAGAUUUGUAAAUACCCAGUAUCUGGACUGUUUGAAGGACACUCCUAUUACUUCAGAGUCAGAGCUGUCAACUCCCACGGAAUCAGUAAACCAUCACGUAUGUCAGAGCCAAUUGCUGCACUGGACCCGACUGAGUUUGAGAGGCUUCAUGCCAAAAAACUUGGAGGAAAACUGGAUGUUGUGUCAUACUAUGAUGAAGUUGAAGCUGAUGGAAAGCCCCCAGGAGCUCCAUCGGGAAUUUACGCUUCAGAAACAGACAGGACAUAUAUUGUUCUGAGCUGGAAAGCACCAGCAUACUCCGGCAAAGCUCCCAUGUGGUACUACAUAGAAAAGUGCCUGGUCGAUAGUGCUGCUUGGCAACGUGUCAGUACUCAGGUUCCUAUUCGAUCACCCCGUUAUGCUGUUUUUGACCUGGCAGAGGGAAAACAGUAUAUAUUCAGAGUUUUUUCUGCUAAUAUCCAUGGAACCAGUGAACCUUCUAAGCCGAGUGAACCUAUUGAGACACAGGAACUUAAAGGCGUUCCAUCAGCUCCCGGUCAGGUGGUUGCUACGACAGAAACAGACACCUCUGUCCUCAUCCAAUGGGCACCUCCCAAAGAACCCAACAAUCUCAUUGGCUACUACAUUGAUCAGUGUGUCAGCGGGUCCAAUAACUGGACUUCAGCCAACCACAAACCUCACAAAAACACAAAGUUUGUGGUGAGUGGUCUGACCACAGGAGAAACCUACGUGUUCCGCGUUCAAGCUAUUAAUGAGCUCGGUCUGAGUGACGAAUCUCAGGAGUCUGCGCCACUGACAGUCAGAGCUGCACUCGCCACCCCCUCUGCUCCCUAUCAUGUUGCACUGCUGAACUGUGAUGGCCAUUCGAUGGUUCUUCACUGGAAGAAACCUCUUCACUCUGGAGGAGCAAAGAUUAAGGACUAUUAUGUGGACAAGAGACGCAGUGGAACAACCAUGUGGAGGGAGGUUCAUAUCCCACCACUCAAAGAAACGCUUUACAGGGUGGAGGGUUUGACAGAAGGAGCAGUUUAUCAGUUCCAGGUUUAUGCAGCUAACAUUGCUGGCCUCGGACCAGCCUCUAAGCAUUCACCGGACUUUACCUGUGAAGCCUGGACAAUGCCUGAGCCUGGCCCAGCAUAUGACCUGACGUGCUGUGAAAUCAGAGAUGAUUCAGUUGUGGUUGAGUGGAAGAAGCCUAUUUAUACUGGUUCUGGACUAAUCACAGGUUAUCAUGUGGAGUAUGCAAAGAAGGACAUCUCCGAAUGGACUACAGCCAAUGAGAAGCCUGUCAAUCACCGUUACUAUAAGGUAAAAGGCCUGGAUGUUGGCUCCACCUACUUUUUCCGGGUGCGUGCUGUGAAUGAUGCAGGAGUGGGUGUGGCCUCGCUGCCCUCUGACCCUGUAGUGACAAAGGCAGUGCCAGGGUCCCAGGAUGUGUCCUGUGUGGUGGAUCCAAAAUCAGGCAACAUCGUUCUGUCAUUUGAGUCCUGCCAGAUGAACAUGGGCUCUCAGUUCAUCUGGAAGAAAGACUAUAAAGAAAUCACUGAUUUCUCCAAAGGAAUCAUUAUUCAGACUGAAGGCAACACUUCGAAGCUAAUCUUUAAGAACCCAGACAAAGAAGACUUUGGCACAUAUUGUGUUUCUGUGACCAAUACAGAGGGAGUGUCAUCCAGCUAUGCAAUCUCUCCUGAAGAGAUGGCAAAGAUGGUGGGACGCAGCUAUGAAAUCCGGCACCCAAUCAUCCCUCUAAAGUCAGAGUUGGCCUACAAGAUUUUGGAGAGAGGCAGAAUGAGGUUCUGGCUGCAGGCUGAAGAGAUUUCUCCCAAUGUCACCUACAAGUUCUUUGCCAAUGACAAGGAACUUUCUGGAGCGAGUCCGAACAAGAUGGGUCAUGAUGUCUCCACAGGUGUCAUUGAGUUCAUCAUGGAUCAUUUCACGAGUGAAAAUGAAGGAACAUUUACCUGUCAGAUCACAGAUGGAGGAGGCAAAGCACAGAGCUCACUGGUUCUAAUUGGAAAUGCUUUCAAAGCAGCACUGGCGGAGGCUGAGUUCCAAAGGAGAGAGUAUAUCAGAGUCAAGGAGGGUCCCCACUUCAGUGAAUUCCUGUCACUUCAGAUUGGAGAUGACUGCUCUGUCACGCUCAUCUGCAAGGUUGCAAACUUGAAGAAGGAAUCUGUGUUCCACUGGUUCAAAGAAGACACCGAGAUUAUCCCUGACCUGAAGCCUGACCUGGCAUCAGGAGUCUGUAAACUGCCCAUUAAACUGUUUUCAUUGAAGACUGCAGGAAUUUAUAAGGCCACUAUCAGUGAUGACAGAGGAAAAGACAUGAGCCAAAUUGACAUCUCUGGAAAGGUCUUUGAAGAAGCCAUAAACAAACUCAGCCAACUAGCUGGAGCCAGUGCAGCUGAGCUGGAAAUUAGGGGCACAGCGACAGGCAUUCAACUGCAGUGCCACAUGCUGUAUUACACCUCAGAGAUGAACAUCGUCUGGUACCGUGGCGAGUCAAAACUCUCCCACAGUGACAAGUUUGUGAUUGGAGGAACCCCUGCCAUGGCAACACUGGAGGUGAUUGAGCCAACAGAGAAAGACAGAGGGAGGUAUACCAUUGUGAUCACUGAUCCUGAAAACACACACAAACGCAGCUUGGAAGUCAGCGGUGAAGUAUAUGAGAAGGCCUACGCUGAGUUCCAGAAACUCAAGGCUGAGGCCUUCGCUGAAAAGAACCGCGGUAAGGUGGUGGGAGGACUCCCUGAUGUGGUCACCAUCAUGGAGAAGAAGACCCUGAGUUUAACAUGUACAGUGUGUGGGGACCCCAAACCUCAGGUGUCAUGGUUGAAAAAUGGGGCGGAGGUGGAACCUGAUGAUCAGUACGUGGUCUCCCUGGAUCAAGGGAGGUUUGCCAGUCUGACGAUCAAAGGUGUUUCCAUGGAGGAUUCUGGCAGAUAUAGCAUGAUUGUCCAGAACAAAUAUGGAGGGGAAUCUGUGGACAUAGUGGUCAGUAUUUACCGCCAAGGAGAGAAAAUUCCUGAGGCAAAACCAACUCUGACCCCAAAAGUAAUCAUCCCUCCCAAACUCCCCAUUGAGAUCCCUCAGCCCAAAACGCAGCCUGCCCCCAGCUCCGCCCCAUCCGCUGCCAGCUCUGCCCCUCCCAAGGCAGCCGCAGGGAGAGGAGCAAAGAGUCCCAUCUCUUCUCGGAGGAAGUAGGAUGAGCUAAACGUUGGAGACAUAAAUUGGCAGAUAUAAACAUCAUUUAGAUGGAAACCUUUAGCUCAGCACACAAUGACAUUGAUUUAACUGAGGUUAAAUUAAAUUACACAAAGAUAAAAAUGCCCGUAUGCUAACACUACUCUACAGUGAUGGAAGUCAAGUAAAUAAAAAAUUGUGAU